CACAUUCUCGUUUGUCACCACCACAGCAAAAGGAAUGAGGAAACAACAAGGAUAUAAAACUCACACUCCUAUUCUCUGUUGUGCACAACUUCUUCACACAGACUUAAAGAUGGCAUUUUUGCUGCUUAUGGUGAUGUUGACAGCAUGUGCUGCAAGUCCUCGAGAUCUGUCAGGUAAAAUGUUCACCUUCCCACAGCAAACCAACACAGCUCACGUGAGGCUGACUACAUCAAGACAGGAUUUCAGUGCUGUAACUGUCUGUCACAGGUCCUUCACAGACCUCAAAAGAGACCAUGCCCUUUUCUCUUUGGCCACACCCUCUAAUCAAAAUGAGUUCCUGAUUUUCUGGAGUGAAACAAAUAAGGAGAUUCAUCCUCAUAUCAGACAGGGAAAGACAGAAUAUGGAGGGUGGGACUACAAGCCAAACACGUGGCACUCUAUUUGUACCACAUGGGACUCUGCAUCUGGACUGGUGCAGCUGUGGUUUGAUGGACAACCUUCAACUCGGAGAUUCAUCAGCUCUGGAUCCAACAUCACAGGAUCUCCUGUAAUUGUUUUAGGACAGGAGCAGGAUUCCCUUGGAGGUGGGUUUGACAUUAAGCAGUCUUUCGUUGGCAUGAUGACUGAUGUCCACAUGUGGAACUAUGUCCUUUCUUCCUGUGAGAUCCACAACUAUGUGGAUGAACUAAACUUCACCCCAGGGAAUGUGCUCAACUGGAGAGCACUGGACUUCAAAAUCACAGGAAAAGUGCUGGUAGAAGAUCAACUAAUAGUUUGUCACUCUUGAACAAGAUUUUAAGUGAUAGUCCACACAAGGUCUUUUCUUUUGAGUAUAAAACAGUCACACCAUUUAACCGUACACAGUGACAUCAAUAAAAGUUUAUCGCACAGUCUUUGGGAUGGGAAAGGGGCUUUAAUCAGCUUGAAUUAAAAAAAAACAUUUUGCAGAAUUUUAUUUGUUUUAUUAGAUAGAUAUCAUAGGAUAGCCACAUUUGUUGCUUUUUAUGUAAUGUUCUUCUUGACAAAUAGUUAAAAAUGACAAAUUUUCUGCUGUAA